CCGUGUCUUCUUUAAACCUGCUUUUAUCCAGGAGAUAAAGUGAAAGUAAUUGCGGCCAGGAUACAUAGCAACUGUAAAAGCUACAAAAAAGGAUUUACAAAAAUAAUUAUUUGUUCCUGAUUCUCUGGUGGUUUUGUUUGUUCACAACUGGCUGGUUGAUCAUUCUGUACAGACUGCUGAUUUACUGUUGGUUCUCUGGUUGUUCUGUGAAAAUUGGUGUUUGGUGUUUUAUAACUGACCUUAAUCCAAAUACAUAAUAAUGCAACCAUAUGUACAGCUUCCGAAAGUCCAAAAACACAUCAAGUUUCGAUAUGAUAAUUCACCAAGGCAUGGAUUCCUGAAGGACGAAAAUCAGAAGCCUCUGGAAUUAGUGCUUCGAAAUGCAGAAAGGGGAAUGGUUUUUGUUUGCCUAGCUGAUGAAUUUGGUAAGCUGCACCCACACCGUCUUUCCAAAGAAGCUGGAAAAAAAUUGAAAAAUUUUCAUUGCAUUUAUAUGAAAAAAGAUCAACCAGAAAGGCUAGAGUUCAGAAUUGAGGUGCAACGAGGUAAAGAUAUGGCUACGCGAAGAGUAGACUGUGAGUAUCUGUCACAGUUAUUCACAAAAAACGACGUGGAGUUAACUUUACAAAUUCUUAAUAAUAAGAUCACAUCUUGUAUUGAAUCCGAUAAGGAGAGGCUAAAAGAAUUUGUGUUAAAAAAUAAGACUGAAAAUCUCACCAAAUGUUGCAGACUGUGUGUAAUUUUGGUGUUACCAGAUGCUGAUGGUAAAUACACCAUAUGUUGUCCUCCAGUAUACAGUGAUUACAUAUGGAACGACAAUGCGUGGAAGAAAAACUCCACUAGCAGGAUAACUCAGCAAACUGAUACUCAAGAUUAUUAUGGAGAGGAACAACAAUCUCAACGGGUAGCCGGGUUGUCGCCUGAAGCUGAAGAAACUUUGAUGGUAGCAUCAGUAGAAGAAACGUCAGACAUGCAAGAUCAAGAUUUGAAGGGUAUUCAGUAUGUUUUGCCAAAGUUACAACAGGACGAGAUGCAUAACAUUGCCACCCCUGUAAACCAUAAAGACAUACCUGUUCCCGAGCUUGCCAAUGAAAAUGUUACUCAAAAACUGGUAAAUGACACCAAUAACAAUCAGCUACCGGAUGAAUUACUUAUUGGUGCGUCAAUAAUGAUAUAUGAUUAUUCAAAUACGCUUUUUCAUCUGACACAUGAUCCCGUAUCGCUGUACCCAACGCAAAAAGAUUGUGAGUCGUGGGUAGCUGGAUUGUCGCCUGAAGAAAAGGAGGCGGUGAUUGCACAUCCAAUAGCAGUGAUGUCACAUAUACCAGAAUAUGGGAAGAAACCGAUAUCAGUAGUGGAUCAACUCGAGAAAGCAUUUACAAAUAUAAAUUAUUUGUCAAUGAUGCUUGUAAUGUAUGGAGUAAGUGAUAUAUCAUCACUGUUUCUAACAAAUAAAGAGUGUGAGUUAUGGGCUGGGUUGUCACCUGGUUCGGAGGAGUCGUUGGAAGUGCCACCAAUUGAAGAAACGGCGGACGUGCAAGGUACGAAGUCGGAGUAUGCUGUAGUAACAGACGACGUUUUAUUUCUAUCAACUGAGACUGAGGCGCCGCAGAUCCAGCAAGACGUAACAAUUGUAGACAUUUACUUUCAAGGGAAAGACGGUAUUGCACACAUUGUUGCACCCUCAGAAAGUCUUCUUCCUAAGAAAGGUUUAAGCCAUUACAACGAAAACAUUGUUAUGAUUAAUAGAAGCUGGGCAAUUCAUGAACAGGAAGAUUCAUCAUGUAAAUUGCCCAUGUUACCGGCACACGUUUCACAUGAUCAAAAGCAUUUGCUGCCUUCUGGUUCAAAAAGAAGGAUAGAUGCUCCAAGUUCGAGUCCUAGCAAAACAAAGGUUAGGAUUCGCGAGAAAAAUGACACAGACGAAAGUGUAGAAAAGAUGUUCAACGGUUGGGGGGUGGGACUGAAUUAUUAAAAACUUGAUUGAUCAAGAGACGUAUAAUUAAUUACUGUAAUUAGUGUAUCUGCACGAUGCUUUUAUUACAGAGCCUUGUAAAGAAAUCACCAAAUACAUUUUGUAGUUAUGUCUCGUUAUAUUUUUAAUUUUAACAUAAAGAAAUGAUUGAAAUUGAUUAUAAGCUGGAAAAAUAUUGAAAGAAAUGUGAAAAGGACAUAUUUGGCCUUGGAAGAAAGAAAUUUUUGUAUCCUGUAACACAUUUUAUUGUCAAAUAAAUUACACCAUCAUU